AUGGUCCACGCACAUCCGGGCCACGAGGCGUCCAACGAGACUUCAGCCGAGGCCUGUCAAUCCGUGGCCGAGUAUCUAACUGACACGUCGAACUAUCAUCAUGAUAUGCUCUACGAUCUCUUCGAGGUCGUGCGAUCGGAGGUUCCCAACCAUGCCGACGCCCUGCUAAAGCUCAUCCGAAAACACGCCUCCAUAGAAGAAGUGCGUGCCUAUCUGGACCAGACUCUCGCCGAAAUGCGCGCUGCCGGAAAGGACUCCCAUGCGCUGCAACAGCUAUACGGCAUUUGGCAAGGGAUCGAGGUGGAAAGUGAAGCACCCAAGUUCCGGCCCAUGAUGAUGGACAUCCGAUAUCUGACGGGGAAUGCUCCCUUUCGGGUGCCCGCGAAGCCUUGGACCAGCGUCACGGAUGAUGACGACCUCGUAUCCCAUCUAGUUUCCCUGUAUCUGACAUGGGACUAUCCGUUCUAUGCGUUUAUGGACCGCAAAUCCUUCCUGAAGCACAUGGCGAUGGGCAAUGUGGAUUCAGACUUCUGCAGCCCAUUCUUAGUCAAUGCGCUGCUCGCUAACGCAUGUUACUAUUCACCCUAUUCCGAGGUAUACACGGUUCCUGGGGAUGUGAGGACGAAAGGGGCGGACUUCCUCGCGGAGGCGGAGCGCCACAUGAAAAGACACCAAUUCGAAAGGGGCAAUGAUAUUCGACUACCGACCCUGCAAGCAAUCCUUCUCCUAUAUGAGAGAUAUUCCGUCUCCGGAAAUGGUGAUCAUGGCUAUGCCAUGCUACAUCGUGCCAUUGAAAUGGCAGAGUCACUAGGGAUCAUCAAUCAUAAAAAGCGAGAGCUCAAGACAUCGCAGAUGUCGGAAGACAUGAUUAUCUCCAUCAAGCGGACCGCUUGGGGCCUCUAUCAAAUCGACACGGUUGUUCACACGAACUUCCUCAAGCCAAGUCGCGUGAACUCAGUCAGCAUUGACCGGAUUGCCCGGGAUGACGCAGGCGCAGGAGAUAUAUGGACACCAUAUCCCCUUCCUCGCCCAGCCCGACUAUCUUAUCUGAGUCAGUACUUUGAUGAUGCUUGCCAGCUGUCUGACAUUGCCCGUGACAUCUCUCGGAGCUUGUCGAAGGAAGGACAUUCUGCUCCCGGUUACAAUCAGCGCAAACGGGAGCUGUAUCUGCGCCUCCGCAAGUGGCAGCGGGGACUUCCGCCGUGCUUCGAUCCAGCUGAAAAGCCCGCCCCCCAUAUUAUCCUCCUCUGGAUGCGAUAUCACACACUAGUGAUUAAUCUCUGCUUCGAUGCCCUCGGCCCGAAUGCACGAUUGUCCCAUCUGAACGAAGUCUCUGACGCCCAAGAUCAGUUCAAUCCGUUUGCCAUUGCUAUCUCGUCCGCGCGAUCGAUUGCCUCUCUCGCUCGACUCCAUCGAACUGAGUAUGGGAUGGAACACGCCCACCAGUUCGCCAUGUAUUCAGUGAACCUCGCACUUUUUGCUCUUCUGGAACAGAAGAGCUUCGAUAUUCUUGACCAAGACUUCUUGACUUUGACCAGUGCCUUUUCCAUCAUCGCGUGUCGGUCCCAGGUGGGCCGCAACCUGUUUCAUCUGUUCAAAUUGUCCGUGCGCUCUCGCAACCAGGGAUCGCGAGUCGCACACUCCACGGACGUCCCUCCCGGCAUCAAGGAGUUGUUCCGGCAGGACUCGGAAUCUCAGAAGCCCGACCGAUGGGAUCACUACGCCGAGGGGUUGACCAAAGCUGACGGUGACCCCAGCUACAUCGAUGGGAUGAGAAGCGACGUGCAGUCGUCGGCGGCGACCGGGAUGCAUGAUAUGCUCGAGCGGUAUGAGCGACUGAGCGUGGGCAAAGAGGAGGGAUGGGGUGCCCGUUCCCGGCGAGGGAUGUUUUGA